AUGCAGUCCAUCCCAGUCUCAAUCUGCUACGCCUUCCUCCUGCUUUCGUUGGCAAUCCAUGACGUCCCCAUGGCUCAGGCUGUCUUUGCUAUCGUGCUUUCCAUCGCCGAUCCCUUCGGCCCUCAAGACUGGUAUCCUCUCAUGUAUUUACUCAUCCUAGAGGGAAUCAUGCUCUUCCAGGAUCAGGAUAGCACAGAACUUCCCGAGAUCAUCUUGUGGGGUGUCGAUGGACGAGCCAUACUCGCAGAGGAUGAGGGGAUGGAUAUGGCGAACGGCCAAGGUGAUGAGAACGAUGAUGGCAAGGAUGGAGACGCUGGCAGGGGCUUUCUGGGAGGUGAAUUCGAAGACAAGCUCUGCGCGGCAAUCGAAAUGCCUCGCGAACUCAUCGCCGUCACAGCCAGGUUCAUAGAAGACUCCACCUCCACGCCCAUGCUCUCGUCUUUCUAUGUCCUCGGAAAUAGUGCAAGUCAAUAUCAAUCCAUCUGCCUCCAACUCAUCUCGUAUAUCAGGUGGUUUCAACUGGAUGAGCACGACAAGGAGUGGAUGGACGCACUGGCGGAACUAGAAGACGAUACGAAGUAG